CAUCCACCCUGCGCUGGUUUCUGGUUUUUUGGGCGCCAUGGCGCUACCUUGUUUGCAACGUGUAGAGCUUGUGCUACUAGCUGCCGCCUUCCUGUGCGGGGCCGUGGUGGCUGCGGCGCUAACCUGGACCCAGGGCGCCUUCAGGGGCAGCUGUCCUUUGUAUGGUGUGGCCACCCUGAAUGGCUCGUCCCUGGCCUUAUCCCGACCUUCGGCCCCAUCACUAUGCUACUUUGUGACUGGGGUGUCAGGCUUUCUAGCCCUCUACUGCCUCCUGCUUCUGCUCUUCUGGGUCUACAGCAGCUGCAUUGAGGAUUCCCACAGAGGUCCCAUAGGACUUCGGAUUGCACUGGCUAUCUCAGCUAUAGCCAUAUUCUUGGUCUUACUGUCUGCCUGUAUCCUUCGAUUUGGCACCAGUUCUCUCUGCAAUUCCAUCAUCUCCUUGGACAGAAACAUUAGCUGCCCUGAAGCCCAGAAAAUUUCAUGGACACCCCCUGGAACCUCUCUGCAGUUUUAUUCCAGCCUACACAAUGCUGAAAACUCUUCCUGGGUGAAUCUGGUAUUAUGGUGUGUGGUUUUGGUGCUCCAGGUUGUGCAGUGGAAGUCUGAAGCUAACCCGCAGCAGUUUCUGGAGAGGGGCACCUGUGAGACUGAUGCUCUUGUUGGACCACGCCUGUCCCAUUUCUGAAGAGCAUCCGCAGUGCCUUCUGCAGUCAAUAACUCCUUGCCCAAGUGUUUGUAAUCCUUUAACCUCAUACAGCUGUUUAUGCUCAGUCUCAUUUUUCCCUCCAAGAGGGGAACACGAUGUUAGCUACCCCAUCCAGCUUUAUUGUUGCUGUUUUUGUACCAAAUAUAUUACUUUCAUCUUGGCA